AAUAGAGACUUAUCUUUGAGAAAAGGUAUUUGAGGGGUCACACUGAUUACAAAAGAAGAAGACAAAAUUUGCUGGUCAUUCGCAGUAGGCAGUUUGUUGAACAUUUAUAAAACUAUAAUUUCAACACAUAAUAUAUCCCCUCUCAAGAAGCUCCCGCAUCAUGUUCGGCCGACAAAGUGGACUGGGCAGUUCCAGCAACAGCAGCAACCUGGUGGAGUUUCGCGCAGGUCGCAUGAACAUGGUUGGCAAAAUGGUUCACCCGGAUUCACGGAAGGGCCUGGUCUACAUGACCCAAAGCGACGACGGCCUGAUGCACUUCUGCUGGAAGGAUCGCACCUCCGGAAAGGUGGAGGACGACCUCAUCGUCUUUCCCGAUGACUUCGAGUACAAGCGUGUGGAUCAGUGCAAGACGGGCCGCGUCUAUGUGCUUAAGUUUAAGUCCUCCACACGCCGGAUGUUCUUCUGGAUGCAGGAGCCCAAGACGGACAAGGACGACGAGCACUGCCGCCGCAUCAACGAGCUGCUCAACAACCCACCAUCCGCCCACCAGCGCGGCGGCGGAGGCAGCAACGACGGCGACCUGCAGUACAUGCUCAACAACAUGUCGCAGCAGCAGCUGAUGCAGCUCUUCGGCGGCGUCGGCCAGAUGGGCGGUCUCAGCUCGCUGCUGGGCCAAAUGAAUUCCCGUACGCCCUCGUCGCGCAACACCGUGUCGGGUGGUAGCGGUGGGUCGGCUUUGCAGACGCCCGAAAACGUCAGUGUCCCACGCACCCCGACUGCUCCUUCAAAAACGGGAAGCAGCCGCAGCAGCAGCAAUGUGAACUCGCAGGCCGGCGAGGCUGCCGGCAGCGCCGGCUCCUCCGUUGAUGCGGAUGCCUCCGGUAAGAACUCAACCACAUCGACCACAACGGCGUCAGAAUCGACCAGAGCCUAUGCCAAUCCAUUCCAAGCCUACUUAUCCAAUCUCUCCCCCGAACAUGGCGCAGGACGAUCCCUGAACAUUGACCUUUCGGCAUCGCUGUCCGGCUCCGAGGCCAUCAAUCAGAUCAUCGCUGAUCCGGAGCUCGUCAAGUCGCUGAUCGUGCACCUGCCGGAGUCGGAGGAUGCGGACGAGGAUCGCAAGCAGCAGAUCAAAGACCACAUCACCUCCCCGCAGUUCCAGCAGGCCCUGGCACAGUUCUCCAAUAACCUGCAGUCGGCCCAACUGGGACCGGUGAUCAAGCAAUUCGAGCUAUCCAACGAAGCGGUGGCUGCAGCCUACUCUGGCAACCUGGAGGACUUUGUUCGCGCCCUGGAAAAGAGCCUGCCUGCCGGAGCCACCAUGGGCAGCGAACCGUCGGCCAGCGAGAAGAAGGGUGAUGCCGAAACCCCCACUUCAGUGCCCCGCGAUGAGAACACCGAUCCCGCUGUUGAGAAGCAGGAGGAAAAGCAAAAAUAGCUUGCGAUCGUGCCACAACAAUAAUUAGAAUGCGUUCGAAAGCAUAUAUUUUUCAAUUUAUAAGUUUAUUUUUCGAUUCUGAAUAUAUAUCCAAAGGAGCUACAAAUAAAUUUAUCUGUUGUGAAAUACA